AUGCUUCCAAAGGCUCCUGAAUCGGAAUUGGGACAAGACGACAAUCCCCUAGUGGAAGCAUUGUAUAACUACCAACUUCUUCACGUGGAGGCGUACGUUGUUCACGUUGACAUGAUUUCCCAGAACGAAGUCGCCUUCAAACUCACUCCAGAGACUAUUGAAUCGCUAGUUGAAUAUCAUAAGGACAUCUACUCCGUGGACACUGCGGCCAACACCUGGAACUGGUCGGAGAAAGAGAUACAGCUUAAGAAAUUACAGGAGGAAUUCGUUCAGGCCGCCAACAGAUUCGUAUAUCGCACAUCUGCGACUGCGCUCGAGGGGAUGGAGGAGGAUGGUGCUGGUGAACUACUCUGUGGUCGAAGCGAUGAGGCCAAGGCGGCCAUUCUUGGAUUGUUUCUGCCACUGCUACCUCCUCCACCCCGCAUUGUUGAUGUGGUGAGGCCUACUCCACUCCUUCCCAGCUCGACCGGGCCUGAUAACUGGUGGCACAGUCCAAUCCAUCAACCUCACACCGAACAGGUUGAUUCAUGGAAAGUUGUCCCGUCCAGCCCUAGCACGACUUCCUCGAGCGAUUCGCACCAGAGCCUUUGGGCUGCCAGCCUUGCGCUCAAUGAGAUUCAAGUUUUGUCGCCAGCUCCGUCGCACAGCCAACCGUACUCCACCGCGGCUUACAGUGAGCCUCAGUACUUCAGCGCUCCAGUGACCACAGCAUCAAUUCAGCAGUUCUUGCUACCCAGUAUGCUUGCGCAGCAACAAUGUAGCACUGCGGCGAGUAUUAGCGGUUUUGGUUGGGGUGAGCGCUACCAGGACUUUGCCCUUCCCUAUGGAACUACAAUGUAG